AUGCCCACCGAGUUCGGAACCUACGUGAGUUCAGAUGUUCAAUGUGGACGUGCACAGAGAGGUGUUAAUCAAGCGUAUCCCAACGGUAGACUCUCUUUCACUCACGGGCUCGUUGUGGGCCAAUUGUCCGUAGUCUUAAUACUGGCUGCGUUUAUCAAAUUUUUCAUCUUUGGAGAUCCACCAUCGCCAGAUGUUACAGCAUCUUUACGGGCCACAGAGAGGCGGUCCAGGACUCUGGCUCACAAGCAAUCCCUUCUCAGCUUACGCAGCCCUAGCCAAAGACAGAGCCAAAAUCUGAAGCGCAAGAAGUCCAGCGUGCUUCGCAACCCACCGGCUCUUACCAUAGGGUCUAUUUUGAGCAAAACCUACUACAAUGUUGACAGUCAUCAACCAGAGAGUCUUGAUUGGUUCAAUGUGCUUAUUGCACAGACAAUUGCGCAAUUCCGAAGCGAUGCUCAGCACGAUGAUGCUAUUCUAGACUCCCUAACUAAGGCGCUAAAUGGAAGCUCUCGGCCCGACUUUGUCGAUGACAUCCGUGUCACUGAAUUGAGCCUCGGUGAGGACUUUCCCAUCUUCAGCAAUUGUCGCAUCAUCCCGGUUGAUGAAGACGGGUUGACACUCGGAAACGGUAUAAAAUUCGACGCUUCAACUGCCGCUCGAGAUGGUACACGAUUGCAAGCCCGAAUGGAUGUUGAUUUGAGCGACAUGCUUACCCUUGCGGUGGAAACAAAACUUCUCCUCAACUACCCAAAGCGACUAUCUGCCAUCCUGCCUGUUGCGUUGGCCGUCUCAGUUGUUCGGUUCAGCGGAACUUUGUCCAUAUCCUUUAUUCCGAGCAACCCGUCUCAAUCUACACCAACGAUGAUGACGUUUAGUUUUCUUGAUGACUAUCGGCUGGAUUUCUCUAUCCGCAGUUUGCUUGGGAGCAGGUCCAGGUUGCAAGAUGUGCCGAAGAUUGCUCAGCUCGUUGAAGCUCGGCUGCACAAAUGGUUUGACGAACGAGCAGUUGAACCUCGUUUUCAGGAAAUCGCCCUCCCGAGCUUGUGGCCCAGAAAGAAGAACACUCGCGGCCCCGAAGAUGCAAUUGUAGAUGGAGGUUUGUCGGUUGGCCGGUCCAAAGGCAAAGAUGCCGGCCGCGACUUUCGAGACGAGGUUGUUAGACGGAAAGACUCGGCCAUAGAGGAUGAGAAGCGGGAUUUGGCGUCCUUGAGACAUCGGCAACCAUCUAAAGAUACGGAUGAGCUUGAUAUGCCAGGGUCAAUAUCCAGUCCUUAG